AUGAAAUUAUUUGAUAAACAGAAAUAUGAUAGACAGAUAAGGUUAUUUGGUAAAAAUGUACAGCAUAAACUUACUGCACUAUCAGUUUCAAUAUUGUCUAGUAAUGAAAAUAAUUUUGUAUCAGGAGAAAUAUUAAAAAAUCUUGUUUUGCUUGGUGUUGGUAAUAUUUAUGCAGAUGCAAAUACAAUAAUUUCUUUUGGUAAGUUAGUACCGAAUAAAAUAAAAGAUAUAAAUCCUAAAGUUAAUAUUUUAGAUAAAGCAGAAGGAAUUUAUUUUAUAAUUGAUGAUAUUUUAGUACCUAAAGCAGAGAAGGUAUUUUACAUAUCUAGUAAAAGAUUGGGGUACAGCACAUUUAGUUCUAAUUUUUUAAAUGACACAAGUAAAAUAAUAAAUGAAAAUAAUUCUAGUAGUGAUGUAGUAAAAGAAUGUCUUUUAGGCGGAAUAAUAGUGCAAGAAUUCAUUAAAAUGAUACAGAACCAAACAUAUCAAACUAGUUAUAUGCUAUAA